AUGACUGUUAUAAAAACCGAACCAACAAGUGAAGUAACACUAUACUCUCCUCCAUCGAAAGAAGCAUUGGCCAAAGAUGAUCAGCAAAAGAGAAAACAAAAUAAUAAACAAUCUUCAAGUAUAAAUAGCCGCUCAAGUUUGACAAAGCAUAAAACUGUCCCCAAAACACAGGAAAAGAAAACAAUCAACACAGAUAAACAAGAUCUCUCUGCAUUUUUGUUAAAUCCCUCCCUUAUUGUGAAACCUUCCGAAAGCCAAAAGAAGGAACAUCCUGUAACCAAUAACGAUACGCCUAAUGUAAAAACAGAAUUCACAGGACUUCAGCCUCUAACACCAAUUUCAAAAAAAAGGGCUCUGAAGGAGAAACCAACACCAGAAAAUUACAGUACUUUAGAUUUAAAGAACGAAAAAUCUUGCACUCAAAAAAAGCCAAAAAGACUUUCUUCAGUGACAGAGAUUAAUAGCUCUGAAUAUAAAAUAUCAUUAGAUGGUCAAAAUGCCUCAUCUCAAGGUAGAGAAAAGUCGCAAGAACCGACCGAAAAUCCAGGAAGUUACCAUAAAACAAAGAAUUACCUCUUUGACAGGCCUGAUCUUUUGGAAACCUGCCUUCAAGACUACUCCAGCAUGCUACCGGCAGAUGUAGCGGAAGAAGAUCAAGAAUAUUUCGUCAGCGUAGCCGAUUCUACAUUGGAGGAAUGGACAAACAAGGGCCAGCAAAUCCUUGACCAACAGUUCCAACUUUACCAAGAAAUAAUUAAGAAACGAAUAGAAUUGAGCUACAAAUUCAAAGGAAUAGUUUCUGUAAUCAACGAUAGGGCAGACGCCUUAGAAGAACAAGGUCAACAAUUGGAGGGAAAAAUCAAGAAGGUUAAAAGUUUGGCCAAUGAAAUUCUCAAUAUUAUAUAA